AUGUCUCACGCAUACCAUGGCAAUCAGGCCGGCGGCACUUCCUACCCUUCUUAUCCGCCCGUCGCUCCCUCUUCACCUUACUACCAGCAAAGCAACGGCCGGCGCUACAGCGUGGAAAGCAGCCGUCCGCCCUCACAAGCCGGAAGUUCGAAAUCACCCUACGGCCAGCCACCACGCAGCCCUCUCCACCAACUAUCACAACAACAACACGUUCGCGAUGAGUCCGAUGAAUAUGAGGUCAGAGACCUCGGAGAGAUCGCAGCAGCAAACCAAGCAGCACAAGAACAACGUUGGGGUCCACACGCAGCACUCUCGGAAGCACCAGCUGGUUUCGAACUCUACCAAGAUCAGCACCAGCCUUAUGCUGCCGAUCGUCAUGCAUCCAUGCCAGUCAUGCCGAGCUACGAACCCCCCCUCGCCUACGAUGGCGGAUUCUACAUGGAACCUCCUGGUCUCUACGAACCGGCACCGCAGUCUAACCUCGCACCGAGCCUAGGUGCACCUUCAAUAGCUUCUGGCCCUUCACUUGGCGGCAGAUCUCGUCAGAGCUUGCCUGUCUACGCUUCUCCCUUGAUGCAUUCGGCUGCAUCUGCGGCGGGGUCACCUGCAUCGGAGCCGCCGAACAUGUUCACUGUUACCGCCGCGCAUCACUUGCCUGGCGGUCGUGGACGACCACAAGAUCCCUUUGCGGGAGGAGUAGUAGGAGGAGAUCCAAGAGCACAACCUGGAGCACGAAUGGGUGAUCCACUACCCGGGUUUCCGAAUUGGUCACAUACAUGGUAUGGGGGACAUCUCUCAGCUGAUGGACAUGCGUAUACUAUGGUGCCGCCCGGUUCAGGGCAGAGUGGAUGGGAGAGUGAGACGUUGAGUCGUCAUGGACCACCCAAUGCCAUGACGGGAAACCCAUACGGUCCAACACAGGGAAUAAAUGACUACGUUAAGGAAGAACGCAUUCGAAUGCUCGAAAAGGAGUUCGGCACCAGAGUCAAGCACAAGGGCAAGAGCAAAGGUGCAGAAGGUGCAGACUCUGACGAUGACGACGUGGACGACCAACCAGCGGAAACCCCCCUCGGCGGUGUUGAUGAGAAAGGUCGUUUGAAGCUCCCUCGUCACAAGAUCCGUAUCGCCACUCGCUGGUUGCAAUGCAUCGUCUCACUCGCAGCAGCCGGUUGCGGUAUCGGUGGAUUCAUCAUGAUCCGUCCAGCAGAAAAGGCACCACCCUCCGGUACGCUCCCCUCUUUUGUGCUGUAUGGCGUUUCAGCGCUCUCCACCAUCAUCUGUCUCUGGCUGUUCGCCUUCAAACCUUGCUGUCGAUCCAACCGCGAACCCGCAGCCGGCGUCCCCGGAGCGGCAGGGAACGGGAUGGUCAUCCCUGUCAUGUCCGGCGGCGGUGGUCCCGGAGGCAAACCAUCCAAAGGAAUGUUUGGCAAGAAAAAAGCCAUGGGCACGCAAGGCACCACCGUCAACCUCAUCGUCGAUCCUGCCCUCCUCGGCGGGGGUAAGCGCAACUCCGACCCUGACCUUUCCUCCGACUCUGAUUCCGACGAAAGCCUCCGAGGGGAUGACCGUCGUCGUCGACGCCGCAAAAAGAAACGCGCAGCCAAACUAGGCAUGCUGGGCAACAUGAAGCUGCAAGCACGCUGGCGUGUUGCUCGUACCAGCUUGAAAUGGCACUCCGCUUGGGACUGUGUUCUGUGUCUGAUGUGGGGUGCUGCAUCCCUGAUGGCGUUGGGUGUUGGGAAGAAAUGCCCGAGUGGGACUGCGGAAGGUUGGUGUAACUUGUACAAUGGUGCGAUAGCAUGUGCUGUGAUAGCGACGGUGUUGUGGCUGGUGGCAAUCUAUUGUGAUGUGGUAGGGUUGAGGGUGAGUAAGAUGCCUCCCAAGGCACGAAUCUAG